AUGGAUCCGGCUCAACGCACAUUUGCGGCGGACGCCACACCUACUUGGCAAGAUCCUGACAAUAAUAAUACCAUUCUCCUUUCUGGUGAGCUGAGCCCCAUUCCGCUUAGCUCAUCAUCGCCGAGUUUAUCCACUGGAACCAACAAGAUUACCAAAACGUACGCCAGUUGCGUUGAUCUACCGCAAGAACUUAUCCUCGUCAUUAUUGGUUACAUUGCUGAAAACUAUGGAUUGAAAUCCACGCUCGCCGACAAAAAUGCAGAAGGUCACCGGAUAAACAAGGUCGUUUUUGCCGGGGGUCUUAAUUCUGCCGUGUGGCAUGACCUCGUCAGUUUGGCCGCCUCUUGCAAGACUCUUUACCAUCGCAUGACGCCCACCAUCUACGACAUGAACGUCAAGCACGCCUACGCCUCAGCUCUGGUGCCUUCUGCGAAGUAUGGAAGCUUGGAUGGCAUGAUGUGGGCUCUCGAGAAUGGCGCCGACGUCAAUCAGACCGAGGUGACAAAGUCGACGGAUUCUCGAUGGGAGCCUCUCUAUCAUGGCAUGACGGCCCUUCACUGGGCCUCGUACCAUUGUGACCUGGACGCCAUGAGGAUCUUGUUGGAUCGAGGCGCCGACCCGGAAUGCGAGAUGGAUGCUUGUCAACCCGGACUGUACGGUCCCAUUUCUUCAAUCAUUUCAAUCUUUUGGCGCCAUCUACGGUAUACUGGACUGUGGAAAGACAAGAUAGCACAAUUGCUGGCCAAAGGGGUCAACCCCCUCUUUUUCGCACUUAUCCCCAGCUACAAGGCCGCCGACCACCUCUAUCUACCAGAAUAUCAGAUCACGAGACAACAGUGUCGAAAGGCGGCCAGGAUGCUCAUCAACGCCGGGUCUUCCUUGAUCACGCACAGAACGCUGGGAAUUCACGCGCUUCACCAGGCGUGCGGCUCACGAGAUGUGAACCUCGCCAGGCACCUGCUGGAGCACUGCGACGCAGACACAGACGUCAAAGACUGGCUUGGCAACUCCCCGCUGCACUACUUCGCCCUGGACGGUUUUGAGGGAUACGAUGACCCUGAAGAACUGAUCGGCCUGAUGGUACAGCACGGUGCUGACGUCAACGCAACGAAUCAUGCAGGGUACACGCCGCUUCAUUACGCCCUGGCCUUCUGGGACGACGGCCACCACUUGACGGACAAGACGGACCACAUGGUCGCGUUGUUGAAGGCGGGAGCGUAUCUGCUGCCCGAGUGCAAGGACCUGCGCGGUAAGAUUAUCAACAACAAACGCUACAACGACGCGCAGUACGUUAACCGCCUGGUUUCGAAGGCGGUGAAACUCUCCAAACGCCACGAGAUACGGUUUGACGGCAGGAAAUUGCCGACCAUGGAGGACCUCUGUGAAAAAGAGCAGAAAGUGGCGCUCAGCACUUUUUACCACUGCUGCGAGGUGCCGGAGGAGCUUCAGGUCUUGGCGGUCAAAGAAUUCACCGAUGAGUUGUCGAAGAAUGAGUGGAAGGAUUAUUGGGUGCAGAGGUCAAUUGAUGGCAACUUGUAA